UUAUAAUAAUCUCUUAAUAUAAAAAAUGGGAAAUCAAUGCACAGGGAUUGAUGAUUUUUAGGGACAAUAAUUUGCUCCGAAUAUAUCAGUUUAAGAUGAAGUGUUUGUUGAAGGAAGAGUUCCUAUAGUUGGUUAAAAUCCCAGUCGAUUUAAUGAUGAUGAUAUGAUAGUAAGCAUCAUUCUAUAAAUUUUAGACAGUGUAUUAAGGUAAUAAUAAUAGGUUAAACUAUGGGAGAAAUUCUCUAGGUUAAGGGUAUAUGACAGCCUAGAAAUAUAAUUUAAAAGAUAACAUUAGUAUAAAAGCAUCUUCUCAGGUAUAAAUGAUUCUAUAAUAAUAAUUAGGGAUUGAGAACUUAAGGAAAUGUUGCUUUAAUGAUAACAAUAUAAAGCAAUGAUAUUGUGUUGAUGAAUUAAAGAGGUUAAGAGUGUGUAAGAUAAGGAAUAGACUUGGUAUUUUGUAUUUAUAUUAUAGGUUUGUUUAAUAGAUCAUAGUGGCAGUAUGUAAGGAGAGAAAAUAAAGUUAGUUAGAAAAACUUUAAAGCAGAUGUUAACAUUUUUAUAGCCAGUAGAUAGAUUAUGUUUAAUAAUGUUUGAUUGUAGAUGUUAUAGAUUAACAAGAUUAAUGAGAGUAACAUAAGAAAAUGUUAGAAAAUUUAGAGUAGCUAUAUCAUCGCUUUAAGCAAGAGGUGGAACUGAUAUAGGAAAUGGUAUGAAGAUGGCUUUAUCUAUUUUAAAACAUAGAAAAUACAAGAAUCCAGUUUCAGCUAUAUUUUUAUUAUCUGAUGGAGUAGAUGAAGGUGCAGAAGAAAGAGUAAGAGAUGACUUAUUAUAAUAUAACAUACGUGACUCUUUUACAAUAAAAACAUUUGGAUUUGGUAGAGAUUGUUGUCCUAAAAUAAUGUCAGAAAUUGCACAUUAUAAAGAAGGAUAAUUUUAUUUUGUUCCUAAUCUUACUAAUAUUGAUGAAUGUUUUGCUGAAGCUUUAGGUGGUUUAGUUUCUGUUGUUGCUAAUCAUGUUUAAUUAUCAGUUUAACCUAUGAAUUCUAAUAAAAUAUAAAUUAAGAAAGCAUAUGGAGAUAAAUGGACUUAUGAUUCUUGGAAAGGUGCAUUUACACUUUAUUAACCACAUCUUUUAUCUGGUGUUAGAAAAGAUUAUAUUUUUGAAGUUGCUGAUUAUAAAAAUACUGCUAAAUAAGAAAUUAGAGUACUUUUAUAAGCUGAUCCUGUUGAAGGAGGAGAUAAAGUUACUAUUGAAUAAAUUGUUUCACUUAAUAAUUAAGAUUUAUCAAAUGAAGUUUUACCUAAUUAUUAUAGAGUUAAAGGUGCUGAAUGUUUUGAAUAAGCAAGAAUUUAUGCAGAAUAAGGAUAAUAUUAAGCAAGUUAACAAGUUCUUUAAAAUAUUAAUACAGAAAUCAAAUUAUAAAAAUUUAAUGAUCCCAAUCUUUAAGUUGUUUAAACUGAUCUUGAAAUGGCUAGCAAUUUUUGUUAUCCUGGGUAUUUAUUAUUAUCAUUUUAAGUUAAUUUGAAAAUGAAGGUAGACAUCAUAUGCAUUAAUUACAUAUUGUUCAUAUGUAUCAAAAAUCUAGAGGUGUUUAAAUCAAUCAAAAUUAAGAUGGUCAACUUAUUGCUCUAGAUUGUUAAUAUUAAAAUAAUCUACAAAAAUAAUUCAAAGAUUAAACAAGGUAAAUUAAAUAAAAUGAUCCUAAUUAUUGGAAUGAUUGUUGA